AUGCCACGCACAAACUACCGCUCCCAGACCACCUUCACCGUUCCUUCGCAAGGCUCCGUGUCGCUUCCCCCUCUCAGGCCUCCUUCCCCAAAUCACGAAGUCUACAUAACCUUCCCUAUCUCCUCCAAAAUUGCCACCGGCCUCCACUGGCAUGAAACCCACACUGAGUAUCUGCAAAUAAUUCAAGGAGUAGCCCUCGUAACGCUCGGCGACAGUACUGAGAGGUACACAGCGAAAUCGGGCGUAAUUACGAUCCCCAGAUAUACGGUGCACGAAUCUCGACAUGUAGAUCUCAUAGUCAAAGAAUGGACUGAUCCCGCAGACGGUGAAAAGGCAAUCUUUUUCAGGAACGUGGUCGGGCUCAUCCUAGAUCGGGACCCCGCCGCGAGGACCUUGCAAAAUCUUCGGACUGCUUGGAAUUUGUUUGUGGUCUUUUGGGAGUGGGAUAAUUUCCCGAGGUUUGUGAAGAUGCCAAGGCUAUGGGGGUUGGGGAACUCGGUGGAGAGGGGCGUAACAUGGGCAAUUUUGGGGUCAGCCGCGUUGAUUGGGAGGUGGGUUGGGGUGAGGGGUACUUAUGAAGAGUAUGGCACGAAGGAUGAUCUCCGGCCUUGAUGGCGGUGAGAAGCGAUGUGUUAACAAGUUGGUCGGUAAUUUGGUCAACAAUAUUGCAUUCGUCAAUAAUUUAAAUCAAGUGCCAG